AUGGGCUUAAUAUAUUCGUUGUCGACAGAAGUAUCCCCUCACCGGGUUCAUCAACCCCUCAAGAGAUAUGGGCUUAAUAUAUUCAUUGCCGACAGAAGUAUCCCUAUUCGUUGUCUUAAUAUAUUCGUUGCCGACAGAAGUAUCCCCUCACCGGGUUCAUCAACCAAGAGAUAUGGGCUUAAUAUAUUCGUUGCCGACAGAAGUAUCCCCUCACCGGGUUCAUCAACCAAGAGAUAUGGGCUUAAUAUAUUCAUUGCCGACAGAAUCCCUCACCGGGUUCAUCAACCAAGAGAUAUGGGCUUAAUAUAUUCGUUGCCGACCCCCUCACCGGGUUCAUAUCGUUGCCGACACCGUUCAUCAACCACAGAUAAUAAUAUAUUCCGGUUCCCCUCACCGGGUUCAUCAACCAAGAGAUAUGGGCUUAAUAUAUUCGUUGCCGACAGAAGUAUCCCUCACCGGGUUCAUCAACCAAGAGAUAUGGGCUUAAUAUAUUCGUUGCCGACAAAGUAUCCCUCACCGGGUUCAUCAACCAAGAGAUAUGGGCUUAAUGUAUUCGUUGCCGACAGAAGUAUCCCUCACCGGGUUCAUCAACCAAGAGAUAUGGGCUUAAUAUAUUCGUUGCCGACAGAAGUAUCCCCUCACCGGGUUCAUCAACCAAGAGAUAUGGGCUUAAUAUAUUCGUUGUCGACAGAAGUAUCCCCUCACCGGGUUCAUCAACCAAAGAUAUGGGCUUAA